GGUGGCUUUCUGAAACCCUUUUAAAGUUACCGUUGGGGCUGGUGUAUGUUUGAAACCAAAACUGGGGUUGCUUUUCUUAGCAGUUUGUACAGCAAACAUUUUACAGACUGUCUUGCUUCAGGUUUUCUGAACAAAGAAAUGACUUUUGGAUUAUAUUUAAGCAUUAUAUUGCUCUCUCUGAUAACCUUUGGACAGCUUGCAAUAGGAAAUGUCUUAAGAUAUGCAAGUAGAAAUCUUGGCCCUUCAACUCAAGCUGAGACUCUGCACCGCUCUUACCGACCUGUUCCCUCCAGUUAUGAAGGCUCUCUACUGCGAAGAGGUUCUGUGUUUAGCUCAAAUUUCCUUGGAGAUUUAUCAACUGAGGUUUCCAAACCAUGGGGCUCAGUUCCUAGCCCAGGUCAAAGUGGUUAUGGCAGGCAAGUAAAUAGUUACAGUCAACCAGGAAGUGUAUCUAGCUACAGGUCUGCCUCAGCUCUGACUCGGCAGCAACAGCCACAAGGUGGCCUGCUCCUUAGGGCUCCAGGAAUGAGGGAACCUUCAUCUCAAGGGGAGAGGCGCUAUGGCUCAAGUGUUGUCUCCAGUGGUGCAAUUGAGAUUCAUGCACCACCUCAGCUGCAGCCCAGUUCACCUGGCACUGACGUACAGUUAACUCCAGAAUCUGCAUCCCAACCAUCCAUUCAACAUCCUGCAUUCUCUGCACCUGCUGUACUCCAGAAUAAGGCGGGCAUGUGGGACACUGUUAAGUUUCCGAGUGCAAAGGGUCCACAACCUGCUUCCCGACCAACCAAUCAACAUCCUGCAUUCUCUGCGCCUGCUGUACUCCAGACCAAAACAGGCAUGUGGCACACCAUCAGUCUUCCAAAGACAGAAUCCACUGCUAGACGACACCAACACUCUUUGUCAGUGCCUGCUAUGCUGAAAACCAAUCCUGGCCAGUUGGGCAUCUAUACUUCUAGUGUACGGGCUCCAGAGUCAACUGCCCAGCGACACCAAAAGGCCUUAGCUUUUUCUGCACCUGCUGUACUGCAAACCAAUAAUUUGUGGGGUAGUAGGCCUUCCGCUGACUCCAACCAACGAGUUGGCACUAACGUCAGGAGCUCUAGACCUGUGUCACCUGGAUACCAUCCUAGAGGGCUGCAAUCAGGCUGCCAUGCCACCCAGCAGCAGGCAAGGUUACUGGGCUCUCUGUUCUCCUAUGUACCCAAGAACAAGGAUCUUUUGCAAGAUGCCAGUGAAAAUCCACAAAUGAAGCCUGGGUCAAGAACCUCUAGACCAGUUAAUGUGGCAUCUCCCUACCAAUGUGGAAGUUAACUACAACUGUCAAACAGAAACGGGCUCCGAGAUCUUAAUUGCAAGUCACUUUAUCAUUUUGCUGUUGCACACUUGAGUAAUGUCUAUAAAUGCUUUUUCUGUUCUCAGGUUUCCAAUCCUCUGGUCAUUUGUGGAUUCAUACUGAAAUAAACAACUUGAAACUGUA